CAUCUGGGAAGACGCUGUUUUUCAGCUCGGGAUCAGCCCAGCAGUAACUCGUGUGGAAGUUGAUUAUUCACUCAAAACACAUUUUGAACACUUUUACCAAAGCUUUUGUUAAACAUUCCUCGGCGGCUCGUUUCUUUUAAAAAAAGAAUUAAUUUAAUUUAUUUUUUAUUUUUGUUAAAUCACAGCUGAAAGAUGUCGUUUGUUCCUGGUCAACCAGUGACUGCAGUCGUGCAAAGAAUUGAAAUCCAGAAGCUGCGCCAAGGAGACAACCUGAUUCUGGGCUUCAGCAUCGGAGGCGGUAUCGACCAGGACCCGGGGCAGAACCCCUUCUCUGAGGACAAAUCGGAUAAGGGAAUCUAUGUGACCAGGAUAACUCCAGGAGGACCAGCAGAAGUCGCAGAUUUGCGGAUAGGAGACAAAAUCAUGCAGGUGAACGGCUGGGAUAUGACCAUGGUGACUCACGACCAGGCUCGUAAAAAACUGACCAAGAAGAGGGAAGACGUGGUGAGGCUCCUGAUAACCAGGAAGUCCCUGGAAGAAGCGGUUAAACAUUCAAAGGGGAGUCAUCCCAGCAAAGGACCGAGUUGUUGUAUAAACGCGACAGACAUCUCCAAAUGCAGCUGCCCUGUGGCCUGUAAAGCUACAUCAAUGCAAAGAAAACAAACACAUUAAAGUCCAUCCAUUUAACGUUUGGUGACUUAUUGAGUCAUCUGAGGCUCGAGUGUAAUCACAAUUGCUAUGAACCUAUCAGCUUUCCCUUUAAGACCUGUUUCUUUAGAUAGAUGGAUAGAAACUUUAUUCAUCCCUUUGGGAUCAGGAAAAUUGUAGUUCAGUCUCCCAUCAAAUACUAACACAAAUUUUUAUUAUAAUUUUUUUGUACUUAUUGUAGCUCAGUAAGAAAUGAAAUCACCUGAACAGUGAGGCGAGUUAGAGCUUUACAUUACAGCACACGAAUCUAAUACCAGGUUUACCUUUUGUAACUUUUCACCACUGGCAGAACAAAUACAAAGGCUUGGAAAGCAGAAAUGUUGAUUGUGUUAGUGAGUGUUGAACAAAAUGAUUUCUUCAUUUAGCCAAUAUUUGUUAAAUUAAUCUUGUUAGCAUUCAGAUACCGGGUACUGUAACUAAAUCAUAUUGAUCACACUUAACUAGCAGCUUUCUUCUAACCAAUAUUCUGCUACCAGAAUAUUUUUUGUUCAAACCAAACGCCAAAGUUCAAACCAAAAUGCACACCAAAAUUUUUUUUCCUUCUGAUGGAAUAUGCUGUGUUAGUAUCAUGGUUUAUUGUUAUUUACUGGUCAUUUUCUUGCUUUGAGUCGAUCUAAUUAAUUGUUCUAAUUUAGUUUUGCAUUAAACCAUAAAUUAUGGCUUCUAUUCACUAAUCAUUUAUGCCUGAGUGACAAUGUCUUUUUUUUAAUUUUGAUUUUGAUAAAGAAAAAUAAAUAAAAAACAGGUAUGCAUGUCUUUUUCACUGGCAUGUUUGAUUUUAUGUAAUAAAAACUUAUUUGAAAUAAUUA